AUGGAGCAGCAACAGCCGCAGCUACAGGCUAUGGCAGCUGAAGCAGAGUCUGAGUCUGCCACAGUGGAGGCAGAAGAUACAGUGGAGGCAGUAGUAGAUGACCCAGUUGUUAAGUUGAUGUCUGUUUUUGAGAUCGAUCACAUACGAAAGACUAUGGACGCACUUGCUAAUGAUACCAUGAAACAGGUCACCGAUAAUUUAAUAGAUAUGGUUAUUGUGCUAUAUAAAGCUUUCCAAGAUGUGGAAGGAAUAGAUAAAGAAAACCUUCUUGUGCUGGCAGUAGGCUUAAUUCGGGCUCAAGAUAAAGUAGAUGAAUUGGAGUAUGAGUUGAAACAGGCGAGUGACGAAGGAGAUAAGUUAAGGAGAGAAGUUGAUUAUCUCAAUAAACAGCGAAAGUGUUGGAGGCAGAUCGGCCAGAAGGCGAGACAACAGGUUGAGGAGCUGAAAGCUGAGAAUAGCAGGUUGAGUAGCAAAAUUAAUCGCGUAAACGUACCCGCGGUUACCGAUCAACGACUUCGGGAGUUGGAGGAGAGGCUAGAGGGGAAGUUUCUCCAAGCCUUUCAGGAAUUACAGCUGCGAAUGUCGCCAUCGCAGUCCCCGCAGCCGCGCGUAGGGCAGCAGGGCCCAGAGGCGCUGUCGCCGCAGCAGUCCCCGGCACGGCCGGCACCCGUCCCUCUGCCGCGGACCUCAAUUCGGCGGACGUCACAGCCCGUGCCGCCGCCGCUCUCUCCACAGAUAACUGUUUUGCCUUCUCAGCCCCUGCCGCAAGCCCAGCCGGCUCCACCGCCAGCGGCUCCGAUACCGUCUCAGCCCAUGCCACAGCUGCCCCCACAGCCGCAAACGGCUCAGCAGCCUGUGCCGACGUCGCUUUUGCAACCGGUUUGGCCAGUCCUGAUGCCUUCUCAGCCUCAGGUGACGGCUCAGCCGCAAUUAGCGAUGUCUUUUCAACCGAUUUUGCCUCAGCAGGUUCCGUUGCAGGUUCCGUCGCAGGUUCUGAUUCCGCAGGCCAUGCUGGCGCCCAUCCCGGCUCAACAGCCCACACCGCAGACGCCAUCUUCUCCGCAGCCACGCUCCAAGGUGCCAUUACGGAGCAACAGGGACAGCGCACCUGCGCAGCCCCACUCUGAGCCGUCACCCGCAAUCGCGUCAGUGAGCAGCGACACGGAAGUGGAGGAGAUAACCGACAGCAUGAGGAACGCAUCUGUCAAUCCUGUUUUCAAGACAGAAACCGUUAAGGAGCACGAGGACAGUGCACCAUGA